CCUCUUUGCUGCAUCAUGGCUGCACUCGAUUUUCUGAACAAAAGCUUCUUCUCUCCGCGGUUUAUGCUUCCACUACAUCUAGUGCAACUGCUUCUGAUAUCCGUGGCAAUGGGCCUCUCCGUUCCGCGACUUUUCAUGAAAAACCAACCACGAACAAGGGCAAAUACAAUCGCUUUGGGCAUGGGCGGCAAAUCUCUCAUCCUUCUCAUGUAUCAAUUGCUUUCGGAGUACUCACGACCGUUCCAACGCUGGCAUAGCUUCAAAGCGAAUGCCAUCAUCAACUGUCUCGAAGUGGUUUUCUGGGGCGCAGUAGCCUUUUUAGUCAUGCAGGCGAAUUUGAAACGAUGCAGUGGCAUAAGCUGCUACCUGAGCUGGGGGGUUGUGGGGCUAGCUAUCGUGCUGAACAUUUCUAUGUCAUAUACUGCGGCCAUCGCCAUCCGUCAAUAUCGAGAGUUCAAGGCCAGGCGAAAUGGAACUGAUGCGCACGCCGAUCGCGAACGUGGUAGCUCAUGCUCAAUGGUGGCACUGCGGUCGACAGACACCAAAGCCUAG